AUGGCGCUCAGUUGUAACAUGAGACAAUACAAGCAAAUCAACAACUAUUGCCACAACCAGUUGGUCGUACAAGCACAAGAGCAAGACAUGGCCAAUUGCAAGGAGGCAGCGCUUGCUCUCUCGUGCCUCCAGAUCUCGAACAGCAUCAAGAGCCCAAAGGUGAAUGCAGAAAAGACCAUCAAGUUCAAGAAGCCCAGCAAGCAGCAGGCAGCUUUUUGCCAGCUCAAGUACACCAAGAAGGAGUUCAAGAAGCGCCUUCAUUGCAAGAAGGAAGCAAAACACGCACACCAAAGGAAGCAGCGCAAAGUCUACAACAAAGCUAGGCGAUGGAACCAGAUCAAAAACUAUCACCACGCUGAAUCCGUUGAACGUGCCCAGGCGCAAGACCAGGCGGAUCGCAAGCAACCCUUAUUCAAGUUGCUGGUGCUCAAGCCGCGCCCCCCUCCUCCCUCUCCUCCUCCACCUCCGCCCAUGGACAAAGAGCUUCAAGCUCGCAAAAACUUUUUGGAGAAGACCUACAAAGACCUCAACGAGGUCAAUCGUAUUUGGCAAGCCGGUGCUCCCUUCAGAAAGCUGCUGUGGACCACCAAUGAAGAGGUGUCAUCUUUUAAAAGCAAGCAGAUGAGGGCCGUCAAGAAGGUAUCCUUUGCCAAGAAGCUUGUUGCUGACCGCGAGAAAGAGCUCCUGGAGAAGGAGUCUGCUUAUGCUUACACGAUCUCCUUGUGA